CUCCGCUCAGCCGGACUGUUCUAAGUGCGGGACCGUUGGUCCGCCGCAAAACGUGUCCCCCCUUCCUCGCCUAGCUCCAGUCUCUCAGAAAAGGAGUCUCGGGUCUUUUUGGUGUUUGUUUUCUGUCCCAAAAUGUCGGGGUUCAGCCCCGAGCUCAUUGACUACCUGGAAGGGAAAAUUUCCUUUGAGGAGUUCGAGCGGCGCCGGGAAGAGCGGAAAGGCCGCGAAAGGAAGGAUAAGGAAAGUGGAGUUGCUGAGGAGAAGGCUGAGGACCUCGAUGCACCUUCUACAUCUGGACAAGGAACAUCUACUGGCCUUCAGCCUCACGUUGAAGCAGAUGCAGAAGAAACAUCAGAAGGGGUCAGUAAAUCUGUCCAUCGUGUCUUUGCUUCCAUGAUGGGAGAGAAUGAUGAGGAGGAGGAAGAGGAGGAGGAAGAAGAAGAGGAAGAGGAGGAGGAGAAUGCUGCACAGCCUACAGCUGGGGAUGUCUUUGCCCUGGAGAUGGUGCUUAAUAGGGAGACCAAGAAAAUGAUGAAGGAAAAACGUCCACGCAGUAAAUUGCCACGUGCCUUGAGGGGUCUCAUGGGUGAAGCUAACAUUCGGUUUGCUCGUGGAGAACAUGAGGAAGCCAUUCUGAUGUGCAUGGAAAUCAUAAGGCAAGCUCCUCUGGCUUAUGAGCCAUUUUCAACUCUUGCCAUGAUUUACGAAGACCAAGGAGACAUGGAGAAGUCUUUGCAGUUUGAGCUGAUUGCUGCUCACUUAAACCCCAGUGACACCGAAGAGUGGGUGAGGCUGGCUGAAAUGUCGCUUGAGCAGGACAAUGUUAAGCAAGCAAUCUUCUGCUAUGCAAAAGCUCUGAAAUACGAUCCCACAAAUGUACGCUACUUGUGGGAAAGAUCGAGUCUCUAUGAACAGUUGGGGGAACAUAAACUGGCAAUGGAUGGCUACAGGCGCAUUUUAAAUCUUUUGACCCCUCAGGAUGGAGAUCGCUUUAUGCAUUUGGCCAGAGACAUGGCAAAGAGUUAUUAUGAAGCCAAUGACAUCACUGCUGCUAUUGAGAUAAUGGAGGAAGCCUUUAGUAAACAUCAGAAUCUCGUAUCCAUGGAAGAUGUUAAUAUAGCCGCUGAACUGUAUAUUUCUAACAAACAGUAUGAUAAAGCAUUGGCGGUUAUUACAGAUUUUUCAGGGAUUGUAUUGGAGAAGAAAGGGUCAGAAAGAAAUUCACCAGCAGAAGAAGAUGAAGUGGCAAUGGAAAAGCAGGAGAGUCAAGAAGAAAUGCCUGAUCCCCAAGAGCCUGUGCCUGGAACCAGUUCUGGAUCUGCCGAAAAAGUUUCUUGUUCCAUACCUGAGGGUGUUCCCAUUGACAUCACAGUGAAACUCAUGGUGUGUUUAGUUCAUCUAAACAUCUUGGAACCUCUCAAUCUCUUAUUAACCACAUUAGUGGAACAAAAUCCUGAGGAUAUGGGAGAUUUGUACCUCGAUGUUGCAGAAGCCUUUCUUGAUGUUGGAGAAUAUAAUGCUGCAUUACCUCUGCUGAGCUCUCUGGUGUGUUCAGAAAGAUACAAUCUCGCUGUUGUUUGGCUCCGUCAUGCAGAGUGCUUAAAAGCACUGGGCUACAUCGAGCGUGCGGCCGAGAGCUAUGCCAAAGUGGUGGACCUGGCCCCCUUGCACCUGGAUGCGCGCAUUUCCCUCUCAACGCUCCAGCAGCAGCUGGGCCGGCCAGAGAAAGCCCUGGAGGCCUUGGAGCCAAUGUACGACCCAGACACACUGGCACAGGAUGCCAACGCAGCUCAGCAAGAAUUAAAAUUGCUGCUCCAUCGUUCAACGUUAUUAUACUCUCAAGGCAACAUGUACGGUUAUGUAGAUUCGUUGCUGACUAUGUUAGCAAUGCUCCUCAAGGUUGCCAUGAACCGGGCUCAGGUAUGUUUAAUAUCCAGUUCAAAGUCUGGAGAGAGGCAUCUCUAUCUUAUUAAAGUGUCCAGGGACAAAAUCUCAGACAACAACGAUCAAGAAACAACCAACUGCGAUGCCAAAGCCAUAUUUGUGGUGCUUACAAGUGUGCUGACCAAAGAUGAUUGGUGGAACCUCCUGUUGAAGGCCAUCUACGCUUUGUGUGACCUUUCACGGUAUAAAGAGGCAGAGCUCCUGGUGGACUCCUCCCUGGAGUAUUACUCCUUCUACGACGACAGGCAGAAGCGCAAAGAGCUGGAGUACUUUGGUCUCUCUGCCGCCAUUCUGGACAAGAAUUUUAGGAAAGCUUACAAUUACAUCAGGAUAAUGGUCAUGGAGCAUGUCGAUAAGCCUCAGCUUUGGAAUAUCUUCAACCAGAUCACCAUGCACUCGCAAGAUGUUCGGCACCAUCGCUUCUGCCUUCGGUUAAUGCUGAAGAACCCCGACAAUCAUGCACUCUGUGUUUUGAAUGGCCACAAUGCCUUCGUAUCCGGUAGUUUCAAGCAUGCUCUUGGCCAGUAUGUGCAAGCUUUCCGUACUAACCCUGAAGAGCCCCUCUAUAGCCUCUGCAUAGGCUUGACAUUCAUCCAUAUGGCCUCUCAGAAGUAUGUCUUAAAACGACACGCACUUAUCAUACAGGGGUUCUCAUUCCUUCAGCGGUACCUGAGCCUUCGUGGCUGUUGCCAAGAAUCCCUCUACAACUUAGGCCGUGGCCUUCAUCAACUGGGAUUGGUGCAUUUGGCUAUUCACUAUUACCAAAAAGCCUUGGAGGUUGAACCAUGGAUCCUGGAGGGGAUAGAAGCUGACCAGACGGACCUAAGAAGAGAUAUCGCCUUCAAUUUGUCACUCAUCUAUCAGAGCAGUGGAAAUAUCAGAAUGGCUCGGCACCUGCUCUAUACUUACGGAGUUGUGUAAUGCAAGAGCCCACAUCAAAGCCCAAUAUCCAGGCAGGCCAUUGGCCUGAGAAGGAUGGAUUGCUUUCAAGGGAAGGAGAGCAAGCUAGUCAGAUAGAUGGUGCUGCCUCUCAUUUUCAGAGGGACAGAAACCAGGAAUGACAGAUGAAUGAAGUGCUCAAGUGGAGCUUUGGGAACAGACCCUUUGAAGUGAUUGCAGGCAAUGCAUCAUUUAUAACAAUCGGUGCUCUCUGCUGAAUGCAAAGCAGAAAAGUAGACCUGAUGCGAUUUACUCAGUGAAGUUAACUGAGAAUGUUCCUGAUGUGGAUUAAGUAGUUUUGAUCUGUGAUAACCUGACUGGAAAUGCUGCAGACUGUAGACUGUCAUGACACCAUUUGAAACUACAAUGUUUAAGGUGAAUUGAGCUUUGAAAUAAUAUUUUAAAGUACUGUGAAAGCAGAAGUUAGUGAGCCUGAAAGACUUCAGCAGGUCAAACCAAAUUCACAUUUUUAUACUUUUAGUGGUGUUGGAGAACCAACAAUGAAUGCUGAAUUGAUAUCUAAGUCCUUUUAUGGAAAGGGAUCCUCAGUGGGAAUUUUACUGAAACUCUUAUUUACUUUUUUCUAUGUGAAUUUUUUUUAUUUAUUGAAUAAAUAAAAUAUCAUUUAUGUUACUGAA